CAAAUAGGGUUAGUAUUAAUCAGUAUUUUUGACAGCAAAACCAACGGCUCUGAUCUUAUGAUCACUCUAGUUAGAAAUGGAACGACACAGAGGUACCUCUCCUUUCAUUACUUCUUCCCCUUCAUGCUCCAUUAGACUUUUCUGAAUGCAGAGGAGGGCAAUAUAGCACAAACUCCAAACCGACUCAGAAUGACCGAAGAAGCGCAAGAUAUAAAGACUGUGAAGAAGGAAGCGCACGAUAACAUGGAAUCUCAAAUUAAGGUUGCCAUGCACUCUCGCAUAGCUCACUUCAAAAAACAAGCCGAUUCUUUGACUUUUGAGGGGGUUCGAAGAUUGUUAGAGAAGGACCUUGGUGUGGAGACAUAUGCUCUGGAUGUGUAUAAGAAAUUUAUAAAGCAAUGUUUGGCAGAGUGCAUGGAUGAUACUGGUGACAACAAUGCCUCAAAUACUUCUAGGAAGGCUGCUAAACCAGAUUUAAGUUCAAUAAAAGUAGAAGGAGAAAAAAUUCUUAAAAGUUGUCAGUCAACAAAAGACAUAAAAAAAGAACCUUGCUCCGAUGAUGCAGAGAAAAUGGAAGACUCGCCAGUACUGGGCCUUCUGACUGGAAAUAAAACACCUAAAUCGGAACCUGAGGAAACUCAAGGCCAUGAUAAAGAACCUCCAAGUGAGGGAGCAAUAAAGAUGGCCAUCAUAAAGAAAGCUGCUUUCAUCAAAGCUAAUUCUGAAACAAUUACAAUGGCUGGACUUCGUCGAUUGUUGGAGGAAGAUUUUAAACUUGAUAAAUAUGCUCUUGAUCCAUUUAAGAAGUUGAUUAGUGCAACGUUAGAUGAGGUACUGAGAUCUGAUGAAGUGCCUUCAACUGUGGGGAAGAAUAAAAACGUCAAGAACAAUUCUUAUAACAAAGCAUCAAAAAAUGUCAUUAGUGAAGCAAGUUCUGAAUCAUCAGAAAUUGAGACCAGAGAGAAAGAAGAUGUAAAACCCAGAAAGAAAAUUGUUUCAAAAGAAAAGUUGCAGAAUUCUGGAUGGCUUAAAAAAGGGAAAAGACCGGAAAAGGAAGCCAAUGUAUCUGACAAGAAGCGUAUCAAAACUACAAAAACAGUGGCAGAGGAUAAUAGUGAUGCAAAAGAGAGUGAGAUUGUCUCUGAAGAUGAUCAAUCAGAAUUAUCUGCUGAGAAACCUGUGAAGAAAAAAGAAGUUUCAACUCCAGCAUACGGGAAACGCGUAGAGCAUCUAAAAACAGUGAUAAAAUCCUGUGGGAUGAGUGUUCCUCCCUCAAUUUACAAGAAGGUCAAGCAAGUGCCUGAGAAUAAACGUGAAGCUCAACUAAUAAAGGAAUUGGAGGAUAUACUUUCUAGGGAAGGACUGUCUUCAAAUCCUUCUGAAAAAGAAAUCAAGGAAGUCAAAAAAAAAAAGGAAAGAGCAAGAGAACUUGAAGGCAUCGACAUGAGUAACAUUGUAUCAAGUUCACGUAGAAGGUCCACAACCAGUUUUGUUCCUCCACCAAAGCCCAAAAUACCUGAGUUAAGUGAUAGUAGUGAUGAAGACAGUGACAAUGAUGAUGACAGUGACAACGUUGAUGAGAAUAAUGACGAUGCUGAUGAUGGUAGCCAAAGUGAAGAAGUAAAUGAGGAGGAGGCCGAGGACAGUGAUUAAAUCCUGCACUGGUAGGGUAGAAGAUGAUGAGAGGAGCUUCAAUUUAUCUUGUAAUGUCGUUGAUAUCCUUUUAAUUUAGUUUUUAUAUAUAUUGCAUUGGGUGUGGUGGCAACAGGCAACCUUUGAUGAGAUCCUGCCCACACCUUUACUAUAGCCAAUUUGAUAAUCUUCAAGGCUAUCGUCUCCAGAUUAGGUUGUAGAUUUAAGCUUAGAUUGUUGUAUGUUGACAUUUCAGUUAUGAGUUAUAUUAGUUAUAAAUGUCAAAUGUUUUUCCUAAA